AUGGAAACUCGACCUUUUAAUUUACCUGAUUUAUUAAUUCCAGCUGCUGAUCAAAAGCUAUUGAUAUCUGAACUUGAUAUUUUAUCUCAUAUUUAUAAAAGAAAUAAAAAUCAGCAUUCUUCUUCGAAUUAUUGGUCACAUAUUAAUAUAAUUUAUAGAAAUUUGAGAAAAAUUAUAAAUAGUUUAAGUUCUCUUAAUAAAAUUAUCAAUAAGGAUAGUAAUAAAGAUAAUCGUAAAGAUAUUAGUAAAGUGAUACACAAGUAUAAUAAAAUCAAUGACAAUCUAAUAAACCAGGUCUUAUUUUUUAAAAAAAAGCUAAUCCCUUCUUCUUAUAUCAGAUUCCAUGGUGUAAUUAAUUUAGGUCAAUUUAUUACUCUCGGUUUAACUUUAAUAGCCAUCUUGUCAAGAUUAUCACAUAUUUUCAAUAAAAUUCCUUUAUUUAAAUUCCUUUCUUCAAACUCAACCAAUUUAAUUAAUAAAGUUGAUCAAAUUAACCAAGAUAAUCAGAUUAAUCAAACUGUUAAUAAUAAUGAUGACAUUGGUGAAGUUCUAUCUCCAAAUGAUUUGCAAAAUAUAAAAUCAAUUUCACAUUCUAACAUCUCAAAUAUUCCUGCUAUUCCUGCUAUUCCUGGCGAAACUGUUAGAAGUAGGAAAAGAAAGCUUGAAUCUGUCUCUAAAUCUGAUGACAUUGGUUCAAAAAAAGUUAAAAUUGCAUCCUCCUCAAUUCUACCCCAAAAUUCAAAAACUCCUUCAAUUUCUUCAAAGAAAGAUAAACAGAAAUUGAAAAAAAAGAAAUCAAAAUCAAAGUCCAAAAAUGUAAUGGAUGAUAUCUUCGGGUUUUAA